AAGGCCAAUUGGGAUUGCGGUGAAGAACGGCCGUGCGGAUAUUGCGCGCCUACUCUUGGCUACUGGACGCGUCGACGUCAAUGUUAUAUCGCAAAAGUCUCUGGAAUCGAUAAUUGAAGACGACAGCCAGAGUUUCAAUGCAGGGGCGCUUAGAGACGCCGGCUGAUGGAUCCUGGUGUUCGUUUUGUCGAAGUCGGCAAUUGUCUUUGUGGCAACGCUUCGUGGGCACUAGAAGUUGUCUUUUAGUUCACGGUUGUCAGCUUGAGUGCGAUGAAGUUAUGGUCUUCAAAUCCGUAACAAUCCUGUGUCUAGACCCAGUCUAGCGUCAAACCACUGGACAGGAGCAAUUUCUCACGUGAAUUCAAUCUAUCCAUGCAUUACCCCGCCAUUGAAUAAGCAGCACAGAACAAACAUUCAUCCAGAGUCAGAGUCUGCAGUCGACCCCACUGUUCCUUGGCUUCCUAACCCCAAGGUACCAUGCCACCUCCCCGUCUCAAGCGCACCCGGACGGGAUGCCUGACCUGUCUGCGGCGGCAAGUCAAAUGUAGUGAAGAAAAGCCCACGUGUCACAGAUGUCAGACUGCCCACCUCGUCUGUGCCGGCUACCAGCAGAGCCGGCAUGUCAUGCCUGUCGUUUUCACGGGAGAAGCGGAUACAGACGCACCCUCCUCUGCCCCGCUUGUAACCUCGUCUUCAGCUUCCCAGUUGGUUUUAUCCCAGUACGUGCCAGAUGUGGUGCGAUCGCCUGAAGACCCACAUCAACGCACUGCUUUCCUAGCAAUAUACCACCAAUACGUGACUAGCACCGUCCACCGGUUCUUCGCAGGCAGCGGCCUUGCAUUUUGGCGCGACACAGUCGCACAGAUGGCGUGGUCAGACGAUUUGGUCUGCCAUGCGAUUCUGUGUCUCGGGGCCCUGCACCGGGCCGCGCUACUCCAGGCGGGCCAUGCGCAGAAGGUCUAUAUGAGAGCGCAGGGUGUGGGUGCCUACACCAGUGCCUUGGGCCUUCCGCAAGGCAGCAUUGGGAUCCGGCAGGUCGGGGUUAGUUCGGUUGCGGUUAUGAUCGUCUUUGCGUUGGGGGAGGAUAGAGAUUCCUGAAAAGCCUGUCCGGUGCUGGACGCCACCUCGAUGCCGCACGGAGACUGUUCUGCGAGCUUGUCGGGUCGGCAAACCCUACGGAGGAUCUUAGAUGUAUCGAGGACCCGCUCACGCGUCUGCAGUUCUCCAUCCAGAACCUGACAUCUCCUACGGGUAGUAAGGCUGGCUCGGGUGCAGGGAGCAACCAGCCGUAGCCCCCUUCCCUCACUAUCCAAGCCUCUCAUACAGCAACGAUGAAGAUCUUGUCUCCUCGGAACACAGCCAUCUCCUCCAGGUUGUAGCCUCUUACCGGGACGUCGACCAGGUCUUGUGGCUACCAAUCGAGCACACAACCACCUCCGUAAACAGAGCAAGCACUCAAUGUAGUCUGUGGAUGUAUGGGAUAG